ACGAAGUGUCACACUGACCGCUGGGGUACACGAAGUAAAUAACUACGUUCACUAUCAUGAAACGUCAGUAUGUAUCGUAGGUUUGGACGUUUCAUGCUCGGGCAUUGCCCCCGCGAACCGGUUCAUGUUUGUAAGACACUCCUCAGUGGUAGAGGUCGGACCGCGCUAAAAUGGCCAGUCUGCCAACAUCACACGUAUUUGUUGAGGAAGACCAAACGUAUGGAUGUCGAGCUACACGCCUUUCCCUGUCAAAUAAGUGCCCGGCCAGCUUCCCAAACCACAGUGGACCCCAGUGAGAUAAAGAGGUUCCAGUCACUGGCCAGCAAGUGGUGGGAUGAGCAGGGGGGAUUUUCUGCUCUCCACGCACUGAAUGACCUACGAGUGCCUUUCAUAAGGGAUAAUCUGUUGAGUUUACAUGGAGGGCAUCGGCCAGGAAAACCCCUUGCUGGACUCAGGAUACUGGAUGUUGGCUGUGGUGGUGGCCUGCUCACAGAGCCCCUGUGUCGCCUAGGAGCUAAUGUCUUAGGUAUUGAUCCUGUGGCAGACAGCAUUGGCACAGCCCAGCUGCACUCGUCCUUUGACCCGGACCUUCAUCACGUGAUCCGUUACAAGGCUUGUACCCUGGAGGAGCUCUUGGGGGAAGAAGGGGCGGAGGAAGCAGAGGAGGGAGAUGGCAAGUUUGAUGCCAUUGUGGCUUCUGAGGUGGUGGAACAUCUUGCUGACCUGGAAACAUUCACGUUCUGCUGCAGCAAUAUGCUCAAGCCAGGCGGCUCGCUCUUCAUCACCACCAUCAAUAAAACCAGGCUGUCUUAUGUGCUGGGUAUCAUAGUAGCGGAGCAGCUGCUACGCAUCGUGCCCAGUGGGACCCAUGACUGGGACAAGUUCAUCAGCCCUGUGGCGCUGGAGCGACUACUAGAGUCCAACAGUUUCUCAGUGCAGUCUAUCAGGGGGAUGCUGUACAACCCGCUGUCAGGGAACUGGAGCUGGACUAACAACACCGACAUCAACUAUGCCCUGCAUGCGCUCAAAGUAAGCGAGGAACCCCUGCCAGACCUCGACUAGAUAGACAGCCCCAGUUCCAGUGUACCAGGCAUGCAUUGCAGCUGCACACGGUUUCGGUCUUACAGAGAAACAAGUGGAAACCAAUUGUCAAACAAGAGCCUUUCCGAGUUCCUAGAAGCCAGCUAUGAUGCAGCACAUAAGACUCAUUUUCCUGGCAAAAGCGAAGGAGGCUUGAUGAAGCCUGAAGAAGGACCGGGAGGAGAGAAAAAAAGAGAAGUGUAGCAUAGAUUCAUAACGGCUCUGAGCAUGAUUAGAUUAAAAUAUAUUGUUGAUUUUCAGUUAUGCUGGGAUGACGCUGUAUGCUUUACUGUGUGGUUGACAGAUUGUUGCUUGCUAUUUCAGAGGUGCUGAGAAUCUGAUAUGCUUUAUAAGUUUGAAGGUGGGUACAUUCUGAGUUUGCAUCCUCUAAAUUGUUCAUUUCUAUAGUGUUGUGGGGAAGUUGUGUUUACAUAGACUUCAUCAGUAUGCGAUUACCCUAGAUUUUGUAAUGUACACUGCUAGGAGCAAUGGAAUAUCUCUAAGAGGGUAUUAAAAUCUUUUCUGUGUCAUCAAUGGGAAGUAGGCGAUUGCUAGGAGUGAGCAUUAUUUCAUAGUAUGUCAUAUUACCAAGUAAGAUUGUCCUCUCGGGGUAAAAGCUCCCUAAAAUAUUUUAAUGUCAGUGAAAAAUCUGUUUUUGUUUCACUGUUCUCACCAAAUAUGUGACUCCAUAGAGGGAAUUUUAGAUAUUAAAGCCUUUCUCAUACAUUCCUGAAAUGAAUGAGCAUGAGACAGCACGAGAUUAUAACUGGCUUCAUCUGGAUGUAUUACAUAAUCCAAAUCAGCCCCCUGGCAGAAACUUGAUUAUAUAUUCAUGUUCCAAAAAAGUCUAAUAAACGGGUUUUUACACUCCGUCCAAAACAACGAAAUUUCCCUAGGUUUUUUUUUUGUUGUUGUUUGUUUUUGAUCUGAAAUUGAUUGGCAGUAUUGUUGUAAACUGUCCGUAGUGAAGUUACUGUUAUUCGGCCUUCGCUGUGGCGGUAGUGUAGGAACGCGUAAUUAUAACGCCAUUAUAAAUAACCACCGGAACGGGCAUGUGGACUGCGGGCAGUACAGACUCACUGGGUUUGGUUUUCUGUUUGUACACUGCUGUUUUACCUGAUUUGUUGGAAAGCUUGUGCUACUUUGUUGAAAAAUGAAUAAACCCUACCGCGG